GGGAGGACUCGGACUCGGGCCGGAGGCGCCGCCCGGUCCCGCCCCGGCCGUGCACAGCUCGUGGCGCCGCCGACCCCGCCGAUGUUCCCCGUCCCCCUCCUCUCCUUCCUCUCCCUCCUCUCCCUCCUCUCCUUCCUCUCCCUCCUCCUCCUCCUGCUCGCCCCCGGCAGCGCCGCGGUCGCCGCGGGGGUCACAGGCGAGUGUCAGCCCGCCCGCCCGUCCCCGGUGUCCUGCUCCGCGCUGCUGCCGGCACCCUCCCGCGGAGCCCGGGAGCACCGCCGGGGCUCGGAGCAGGGGCUGAUCCUCAGCCACGGCCCCCCGAGCGAGUCCCGGCCCAGCGGGGCGCUGCGGGUGCGGCUGUGCCGCCUGCGGGGCCGGCGGGCGGCCGCAGCCCGGCUGCAGCUCAGCGUGCUGGAGCCGCUGUCCCAGCCCAGGAUCGUGGGCAGCCGGGUGGUGAAGGCGGGCAGCAGCGCCCGGCUGGUGUGCAGCGUGCUGCGCGGGCAGGCAGACUCCUACUGGUGGAAGAAGAACGGGGCGGUGCUGCGGGGCAGCGAGCGCCUCCGCCUGCUGGGGAACCGCACCCUCUGCAUCCUGCACGCCACCAUCAGCGACAGCGGCUACUACACCUGCGUGGUGAGCAACGCUGUGAGCCAGAACGAGACCUCCUUCCUGCUGCAGGUGCACCACUCUGCCAACGUGGUGCUGCCCAUGGUCCUGGCCUGUGUCAUCAUUGGUGUGCUUGCAGGUAUCUUUGUCUGGUGCCGGAGAAGGAAGAACUCGAGUGGUGACUCCAGGUAGAGCUGCCUCAGCCCUGCCUUCCCUGGAGGUGGAUACUGCUGGGAGUGCCAGGUGUCCCAUCCUGUCCCAUCCCAGCCUCUCCUGGGCUCACCUCUGAAGUGUUCAAGCUGCCAGGACCUGCAGAUAGUUUUUUGGAAAGCUCUGGUUUGGACUUGUUUCUGUGUUGUCCUGCUGUGCAUCCCUGGGGAGAGGGAUGUACCUGCUGCCCCCCUCCACCCUCCUGCCUUCCUGCAGAGCCUCCAUGGGCCCAUGGCUCUGCCAGGAGCCACUGGCCCUGUCCUGGGGCUGCUGGCUGAGCUCUGGGCAUGCUGCUCUGUGUGGCCCUGGGAGGGAGGAGAGGGGCAGGGCUGUGCAGCCAGGGGGAGCAGGGGCAGCAGCAGCUGGCAGGGAAUGGGGCAGCAGCAGAGGAGGUCAGUGUGGGAAGGGAGAUCCCAAGGAAGUCCCUGGGGACAUGAAACACUUGCUGCUCUUUCUGAGCUGAUCAGAGCUCCUCUUCCUCCCACGCUGCUUUUUGAUGGCUCAGCUGGGACUUUGACAUGUUAAUAACAACCUUCAGCCUGCUGCUUGUAGGGCACUGCCUUGGUUCCCAGAAAAUUCACGUUGUAGGCAGCUCCCUGUUGUCCCUGGAAGGGGCACAGUGAGGUUCCAGCCCCGCUGGAACUGCAGGCUGUCCUGUUCUCUGUUGCACUUGGGGCUGUAAAACAGCCACGUGUUUCACAAGAAACACUUUUGGGGAGUUGUCUGUGAAUGGUUUUGUGGUUUGUGAUGGCUGUUGCUGCUAAUAAAGAGUGUGUUUUAUCCCA